GUAUAGGUCAAACGCUUAAAUUCAACAGAUAAUAAAAUCAAUAUAAAAGAGCGUUUCGCGUUAUUCUUGUCAAACAUUCAUUGAGUUUGUGUAAAGAAUUAACGCGACGAUGGCUUUUAAAACUGUGUGCCUGCUAUUGGUCUUAGCUGUGGCUGCCUACGCCUACCCACAAAACUACGCUCACAACGGUGGUUUUGUCGACGACCCCGGCUUUUCAAAUGGACAAGGUCAGGGUGGAUUCCCUACUCAAGGAAAUGGUUACGACAGCGGGUACUCGGGUCAAAGACAGGGCGGAUUCCCUUCACAAGGUGGCUUCAAUUCGGACCAUGGAUUUGGUAAUGGUCAAGGCCAAGGAGGAUUUGCACACCAAGGAGGUUACAGACAAAGACACAGGGGUGGAUACCAAGAAAACGGAUACUAAAUAUUGUAUUAAAAAAAUAAUAAAUAUUGUAUGACGCA